AUGUCCAACCCGCUUCUUAACGAUCCAUCGAUCGUUCAGGUCAACAAUUCUGCAUCGUCCGACGAUGUGGUGCUGCCAUUGCCCUCCACCAACUUGGACCCUGGCAACGUGUUGUCCAAGCUCUUGGACUCCGCCAUGGCCAAGGCUGCCAAAGAAACAACCCCUGACUUGGAGCCUAGAUCCAACUCCAGCAGUCCCUCCAUAGUGCAAUUGACCCACAGAAAGAACCCCGACCGUGUAUAUACCAUUGACUUUUUGUUAAAGUUGAGAAACUCGCCUUUGGUGGAAGACUUCAAGGAUUCGGAUCGAUUGCCAGACAAGGGCUUCUGGAGGCACAAGGCCAAAUCUGGAGGUGCCGGUGGAGAUUUCAACAACCGUGAAGGUAAGUCCCACAAGAGAAACUCCUCCAACAACAAGAGAUUCCAGAACGAAUCGUGGGAAAGAAGACCCGCUGGCUUUAGCAAGGCAAGCGAGCUUGACUCGUUGUCUACCGAUAAGAUUUCACAAUUGCUAGGCGAAACUGGCGAGGAGGUCGAGCCAGAAUGGGACUCUGCCGACUUGGGUGGAUCCGAAUCCAUGGGCAUCAAUAUGGGCCAGACAGUCGAGGACUUCGAGAAAUGGAAGUCCCACAUGAGGUUGGAAGAACGUCGUAAAAAUGGUCAGCCCAUUGAUGAAGACUUUGCCGACUUGAACAAUGGCGAUGCCGCCGAGAACGCUGGUAACGAAGUGGAUAACUUCUUUUCCUUCAUUAAGCCCAAGUCCAACGUCACCUCCACUGCCACUGCCAAUGCAGGUGCUUCCACUCCAAAUAUGGCCCAAUCAGAGGUUUCCAACAAGAGCUCCAGAUUCUCUUCAUUCUUCAAUACACCCGCUAGAGAAGCUCCUGUCCCGAUCGCCAAACCCAAGGAUUCCCCAGCUGAGUCGACUACUCAACCUCCACCAGGUUUCUCCAGAUUUUUCGGGUCCAACCCAAUCCCUGAAAACGCUCAACAAGUUCCUUCCCCAAUACAACAAAGAGUACAAGAACAACAGACUCAAAUUCAACACCCAGCUCCUAUGGUCCAACCACGCCAAGGAACCAGUAUCUCUUCCCAAGACUCUGGUAAGCUGUACGGGUCAACUCCUGUCGUCAAGUCAUCCACAGAUGAUUCGUUUUUCAUGUCGUUGAUGAACAAGAAAGAAUCCCCAAAAGGAUCCGCUUCAGCUUCAAGUACCCCUCAGAAUGGUUUGGCUGCGCUUUUGAGUAAAUCCAAGCAAGACAACGAGUCAUCUGUUAGUAGAACUGAAUCUAAUGUGCAAUCACCACAGCAAUUAACCCAAGGAUCUCAAAGACGAGAACCAGCUAAUGCACAAUCUUCACAAGGCGCACAAAACACCUCAACAGCGUCGCCAGCAUCCAGGCCCCAGCAGCCUGCGCAGCAGCACCAUCAACAGCCACAAGGACAUCCUUCUGGUUCAGGGCAAGCUCAAGGACCAGGUCCUUCAAACACUCAACAAUUGCCUCCAUGGAUGAAGCAGUUUCAAAACGGUAUGCCACCACCACCUCCUCAUCUCCAAUUUGCUCCUAACAUGCAAGGAGGUCCAGGUGGUCCAGGUGGUCCGGGCGGUCCAGGCGGUCCAGGCGGUCCAGGUGGUCCAGGUGGUCCAAAUGGCCCAGGAGGACCACCACCGCCAGGAAUGUUCCCCAACGGUUUCAUGCCACCACCAGGCCAUGUCCCUCCUCAAUUUGCCAAUGGUAACCGUAACCCACAGUUUGUACCCCCACAGUUCAUGGGUUUUCCGCCAGGAAUGCCUCCACACAUCCAGCAGCAGAUGCAAGGAAGACAGGGCCCACCACAAGGUCCACCCCAGGGCCAUCCACAGGGCCACCCACAGGGUCAUCCACAAGGACACCUCCAGGGACAGCCAGGUAGACCACCUCAGGAAAUGCAAGGGCAACAGCAAAUGCAGCAGCUUCCUCCGCAUCUCCAGCAUCUCCAGCAGCAGCAAAUGCAACAGCUCCAGCAGCAGCUUCAGCAGCAGCACCAACAGCAGAAUCGUCGUUAA